AUGUAUGCGACAGAUGAGAAUAGAACAGAAAAAAAAAUGUUUGGUACUGCGAUAGAAGAUAAUUGCAUUACAAAAUUAUACGCAUUUUAUGAUCUGAUACGAAAGGUACCAGCUGGUCGAUGGGAUGGAAUCAAAAGAGUUUAUGGGCCUGAUAUUGUUCGUCAACUACGAAGCGGCGUUGAGAUCGAAUAUACAUUAGCAACGAAUGGAGCAAAUAGACUAUGGAAGUUGUUACAUACAGAACCCUAUAUCAAUUCACUUGGAGCAAUUACAGGAAAUCAAGCGAUGCAAAUGGUUCGCUCCGGCUUGAACGCAAUUUACAUGUCCGGAUGGCAAAUUGCAGCAGAUGGAAAUACAGCAGGAUCGAUGUAUCCAGAUCAAAGUCUGUACCCAUCAAACUCAGGACCGGAAAUGGUUCGCCGGGUGAACAAAACUCUAGAACGUGCUUCUCAGAUAGAAAAUGCUGAAGGUCACUUGUCACGAGAUUGGUUUGUUCCGAUCGUUGCCGAUGCUGAAGCUGGUUUUGGAGGACCCUUGAACUGUUUUGAAAUUAUGAAAGCCUACAUCGAAGCUGGUGCAGCUGGUGUACAUUUCGAAGAUCAAUUGGCUUCGGAAAAGAAAUGCGGACAUUUGGGCGGAAAAGUUUUAAUUCCAACCAAUGCUCAUGUACGAAAUCUAAGUGCAGCUCGUUUGGCUGCAGAUGUUUGUGGCGUUCCGACAGUGAUUAUCAGUCGAACAGAUGCAGAAUCGGCAACACUUUUAACAUCGAAUAUCGAUGAACGUGAUUGUGAAUUUAUCGAUACUUUGGCUGGACGAACUGCCGAGGGAUUUUUUCGACUAAAACAAGGAUCAGGAUUACAACAUUGUAUCAAACGCGGUCUCAGUGCAGCACCAUAUUCAGAUCUUCUUUGGUGGGAAACUUCGACACCGAAUAUGGAACAUGCGAAAGUAUUUGCAGAAGCAAUUCAGAAAGAAUUUCCAGGAAAGAUGAUGGCAUACAACUGCUCUCCAUCGUUCAACUGGCGAGCAAAUUUGAGUCCCGAAGCCAUUGCCAAAUUCCAGGCUGAACUCGGUGCCAUGGGCUACAAAUUUCAAUUCGUUACCUUAGCCGGAUUUCAUUCGAUUAACUUCGGAAUGUUUGAACUUGCUCGAAAGUACAAGGAUCACGGAAUGUCUGCCUAUUCUGAAUUGCAACAAGCGGAAUUUAAAUCGGAACCACAUGGCUAUACAGCUGUUCGACAUCAACGUGAAGUUGGAACUGGAUACUUCGAUACGGUGAUGCUCGCUGUUACAGGAGGAAAAUCAAGUACACUCGCGUUGUCUGAAUCAACUGAGGCCGCACAAUUCACGAAAGAGGCAGAACCUAUCCCAUAUGGUCUUCCAGCAAUUGCUAUACAAUCAGCGGCGGAACCAGCGGUUGCACGAGCUGCUGCUAUGCAAAUGAAGCAGAAUGUAUCUCAGGACAGUUCAGUACAACUAACCAUGGAUUUAGAAGAAGGUGAUGAGAAAGUAAUCAGUACAGAAACGAUGCAAUUCUUGGCUAGUUUACAUCGUCGAUUUGAGAAAAAACGCCAACAGAUCUUAGAAGCUCGAAAAAACCGUCAACUUCUUUUAAAUGCAGGACAGCGUCCGAAAUUUCUGACAACGACAGGAGAUAUUAAAAAAACGAACUGGAAAAUUCUAGGAACUCCCAAGGAUCUUCAAGAUCGUCAAGUUGAGAUAACUGGUCCAUGCGAUCGGAAAAUGGUUAUUAAUGCACUAAACUCUGGAGCGAAGACAUAUAUGGCAGAUUUCGAAGAUUCGACAACACCUACAUGGAGAAAUUUAAUCGAGGGCCAGAAAAAUCUGUAUGAUGCAAUUCGCGGUGAAAUCUCUUUCGAAGAUGCGCAAAGUGGAAAACAGUAUAAAGUUGGCUCGAAGCCAGCAGUUCUCAUGGUUCGACCAAGAGGAUGGCAUUUACCUGAAUUGCACGUUCAAAUCGAUGGUGAACCAAUGUCUGGAUCUCUCUUUGACUUCGGUGUUUAUGUUUUCAAUAAUGCAAGAAAAUUACUUGGAAACGGUACUGGACCAUAUUUUUAUCUUCCGAAAAUGGAAAACUACCAUGAAGCUGAACUUUGGAAUGAAGUUUUGAACGCUGCGGAAGAUUAUCUGAAAAUACCUCGGGGAACCAUUAAGGUAACCGUUCUAGUCGAACACAUUCUGUUGACUUAUGAAAUCGAUGAAGUUUUAUAUUCUCUUCGUGACCAUAUUGUCGGUCUAAACUGCGGUCGCUGGGACUAUAUUUUCUCGUACAUCAAAGCCUUUCAGAAUCAUCGUGAAUUUUUAACUCCAAAUCGCUCGGAGAUUCGAAUGACAACACCAUUCAUGCGAAACUAUUCUCGUUUCGUGAUAAAAGCUUGUCACCAGCGAGGAGCUCAUGCAAUGGGAGGAAUGGCAGCACAAAUUCCGAUCAAAUCAAAUGCAGAAGAGAAUACCAAAGCUUUGCAGGCCGUGCGAGAAGACAAAGUUCGAGAAGCUAACGAAGGUCACGAUGGAACGUGGGUUGCUCAUCCAGGUCUUGUUGGCAUCGCAAUCGAAGCAUUCGCAGCUACGUUAAAUGGAAAACCAAAUCAAGUCGAUCGUCUCAGACCCGAUGUAAAUCCUUCGGCAGCAGGUUUGAUUGAGAUUCCUUUGGGUAGCAGAACAGAAGCAGGACUUCGACAUAAUAUCAAUGUUACAUUGGGUUACUUGGAAGCUUGGUUGCGUGGAACAGGUAAGGAGCUAAUCAGUGAUGACAUAACGACUGUCACCACCAUAAUUAUUUUAAUAUUUUUUCUUAUUCUUUCAGGUUGUGUACCUCUAUACAAUCUAAUGGAGGACGCUGCAACCGCAGAAAUCAGUCGCUCUCAAAUUUGGCAAUGGGUGCAUCAUAACGCACAACUUGACGACGGUCGCACAGUUGACCUUGGCAUGGUUGAAAACGUGAUCAACGAAGAAAAGGCCAAAUGGAUCACAAAGCUUCAAACUCAGAAUCGACUGGAUGAUGCUACAAAUCUUUUGUUCAAAUUCGUUAGCGAUAAAAAUCUGAAGGACUUCUUGACUUUAGAUGCCUACAAGAAAUUGGUUCAAGAAGGCCAUUAA